AUGAUCAUCGAGAGGAUAACAAAGGAAAUGAUCAAUGGAAUUCGAAUGCACAAAAGACCUGCAGACAUUCGUGUUAUAAAAAAGAUGAGAGAGACAAAAUUUGAAAUAUAUGAUGAAGAGAGUUCUACAGAAAUUCAUUUCGAAGAAGCUCAAAACGAGGAAGAAGAUUUAGACAAUCGAUUAAAAAAUAUCACUAUAACCGAAAUCACAGACAAAUCGGUAAAGAAAAAUGUGACAGAAGGACAGAAAAGCACUAAAUCUAAACACGAAUCGGUUAAGGACUCGAUUAAAAGUGAACACAUUGAUAAAAAUCUUAAAAUUGCAGCAAGAAUAAGAACUGAGUCGGUGCAGAAACUUUAUCCAGAAGAUACUUGUUUCUUCGCAACUCCGAGCACAGUCAUUUUCGAUGAUUUCAAAGUGAACAAGGUUUAUAAUAAGAAAGUAACGAUCACGAACAAAACGACAAAGUGGGCGUACCUCAGAUUUCAUGAAGUGUACACUGACGUUUGGGAACCUGUUGUGGAGAUUGACAUCAUCGAUGCCGCGAAAGUCAAACCUGGUCUACACGUAACAGUAAAUGUGAAAUUUUCACCUGUCAACGAUGAGAAAGUGACAGCAGAGAUUUCUUUUCUCACUCUGAAUCCCGACCAUCCGAACACUUUCCACAAAUUUCGUGUUCCCGUUCGGUGCACACCGGAGAGUCCCGUGCCUAUCGUGGAUCCUAGGGAAUUGAAAUUUCCCUCGGCUCCGAUUUGGAAAUAUAACGAUUCAAAGUUUAAGGAAAAGGCUCUUACUAUCUCUAACGAAGGUAGAAAACCGUUUUCGAUCUUGAUCGGAGAAAGAAAAGAUUCCCACGAUUGUUUUCUCUGGUUCUUCGACGAAGGGGAAGUGCAAACUGCAAGAUCGUCCAUUUUAGCCUCAGAAAACAAUUCGGAAGAAGCUGAGAACGAUUUGGACCGUAAGGAGUCUCAAAAAAUGUAUCAAAUCGAGGUUCCUCCAAAAUUUAAAUGCACUUUAAGAAUAACUUUUCAACCAAGAUACAUUGGUCUACAUCACGAAGUCCUGGAAAUCUAUUUCUCCAGCAACGAAUACAUAUUUAACAAGCAGGACGUACCAAUUUGGGCAGAAGUCACUGGAUACGAAAUUCAUUUAGACCCACCCUGUGUUGAUCUGGGCAUCGUGAUGAUCGAUUCUGACGUCCGUCAACAAAGUUUUAAUAUCGUUAACACUGCACGGUAUGUCGUUGAGGUAUCGAUGAAGACUCCAAAACGUUUGGGAUCUCAAGUAACAGUAUAUCCAAAAUCGACGAUCAUACAACCUGAAACAUUUUCUACGAUUAGCGUGAGACUAAUACCCGAAUCGAGCAUCGUCAGCUUGUCAAAACGAUUUUAUGAUCGAACGUCGAAGAUGCUGGAGUUCCCGAUUCGUGUUCAAAUUCUAACUCGAGAAUCGGAACAACCACCGCCAUUGGUUUUGAAAGUUCUCGCCACUUUAACAACCUGUCAAAGUCUAAUUUUAGAACCAUCAUACGUUGACUUGGGCCUUGUGUACACGCACGAAUCAGUUAACACAGAAUUAUCGCUAACGAACAAGAGUUUAUUGAUUCAAGAAUACGCGUUUUUUAAUUUACCACCGUUUAUGGAAAUUCAUCCGAAUCAUGGCUUUGGAGCUAUUUUACCCGGGGAAACUAUCAACCUUCAUUUAAUUUAUUCCGCUUGCUUGAUGGAUAUUCCUGGCAACGAAAUUGGAGCAAAUGGCUCGGCUGGCGAAAGAAUGUUAUUAAAUUUUGGCAUUCUCUUUACUCUUCAAUUUCAGGUGCAAGUAGUAUCACUGGCAGAACUCGCAGGGAGAAAAGGAAGAACGCAAUUAAAUAAAUUGAAAAAUUUACAAAAUGUACAAUCUAUGAUUACAAGAAAAUGCAACGGUCUCCCCCCGCCAAUGUCUCUAAAAUUAAUAAACGAGACAGCUAAUGAUAAUCACAGUAAUCGAAAAAAAGAAAUGAACAAUGACUUUACCGACAAAGAAAAUUCAGAGGAGGAUUACGAGGAGUCCGAAGACGCAACGACGGAGAAAUCGUAUCGUCUUCGUAAAAGAAAGAAGAAAAAUGUGAUGGAUGUUCGCGUUUACAUCGUGGACACGUUUUGCGAGUUAAGCGAACAAAUCAUCGAGUUUCCUGCCACACCUUGUGGCUCGUUUUCAAUGGUCUCUAUCCAUCUCAGAGGAUUCAAUGUAUCUUCUUAUCCUCACUGCACUUGUGGAAUAGUGAAGAAUCAAGUUAAAGAAUUCACAGCUCGAUUCAAGUUUAAAUCCUCCUCCGACCAAAUGGAGGUUGUACCUCCACAUGGUGUUUUGUACAGUAAUCAGUAUAUUCAGGUAAAUUUUAUCUUCAAACCAAGAUUGCCUCAAAACGUGGUCUUCGAUAGAGAUAACAAAUUGAAGAUAGAUAUCGAAGAAGAAAAAAAGUUCACUAAAGACGAUAAGUCCGUAAAAAAAGCUUCGAAGAAAGCUUCGAAGAAAAAGGAAAGCUCGGAAGAACAGAAAGAGCAAAUAAAUGAAUUACCCAGUGAAAUAGAUCCAUUAGAAACUCUUGAACCAUCUAUUUCCACGAUUUUCGUAACGUGCGUUAUCGACCUGGAGACGAGAGAUAAUAAAAAUCACAACGAACUGCUGUUCGCAAAAUUAAUUUGUCCGGUUACAAAGCCAGACAUUAUAAUUUUGAAGGGGCAUGAAAUUGAUUUUGGAUCGACAGGAAUUGGUCUCUCUUCUAGACAAUUGCUGUUCGUUAAAAAUAUUUCCACCAGGAGCGUAAAGGUGGACGUUAGUUUACUGGAUCCAUACGGACCAUUUUUCAUCCCGCCAGGUAAAAUUGUCGAAACUGGUUCUAUUUUGAAGCUUCCUAUUACAUAUCGGCCCACUCAAGAGGGACAGGAAGAAGAAUAUUUCGAAGUGGGUAGUCCUGAAACGAGAACAAGAUGGCGUCUAAGAGUCGCAGGAUGCGGAGUGGUGCCAUCUUAUGUCGUGAAACCUAAAUUUGGAGUCGCCCGUUACGAAGUUAUCGGUGAUGAACCGGUAGAACUGAAGAUGGCUAUACAAAACACCGGAACUUGCCCCUUGAUAUUUCAACUAUGCAUAAUUGACGUGCUCGAAGGUAAUAUUCCGCGGGAGCAACAAGAAUCUCCAGAUGAACCGAAGAAAGGUAAAAAGAAAAAAACAGUGGACGGUGGUGGCGAUAGAAGUUCAUCGAGAAAAGCGGAAUUUAGAGAUAAUCUACAACCGCAGGAAGCAUCGGCGAUAUUUGGCGAGAAUUUGAAGCAAUCUCCCAAUCGUCGCUACUUUUCUUUCGGGAAUUUGGAUGAAAAUAUGCAGUUAAUUGUUCACGAAAACAAAAAGGUAUUCUAUAUAAACUCUCCACUUACAAAUUUACAUUACCACUUUUUCUUUUUCCCUUUCCGAGUUAAAAUGUAUCGAAUUCACCAAUAUCCGAAUGUUUACACGAUUGGAAAGCUGAAGCAAACUUUGAAAACUUUUUCCUUCCGUUCACAGGCGGAAUUUAUCGUUCGAUUUCAAUUGCGAAACGAAGAGAAAAUAAGUGAAGAUAAAAACACCGAAGUGAUAUCAAAGAAAGGGAAAAAAUCGCAAAAAUCAAUGAAACAGGAGGAGAACGAGAAAUUAAAUUACUAUUACGUAGCUCUGUUGAAAUUAAUGCUUGGAAGCUCAAUCAGCGUACACGACUUCGUAAUGAUAUGCUCGACAAAAUAGACACUUAUCCGUUU